UUCGGAUGUUUAAGCAGACAAAAGCGCGAGGCCCUCUGCCGGUCGCCCCGGUCACUGCAGCAGAGCCGCGGCGGAGCAUCAGAUCGCAGCCGCGCCGAACCGAGCCCGAACGAACCGACACCGACGGCACCCUCACAUCAUGUCCGACGACGAGAAGCUGCCGUCCGGCUGGGAGAAGCGCAUGAGCCGGAGUUCAGGUCGUGUUUAUUACUUCAAUCACAUCACUAACGCGAGUCAGUGGGAGCGUCCGAGCGGAGCGGGAGCAGACGGUGUGUCCGAGGUGGAGAAGGUGCGCUGCUCUCAUCUGCUGGUCAAACACAACCAGUCCCGCCGGCCGUCCUCCUGGAGAGAGGAGAACAUCACACGCAGCAAGGAGGAGGCGCUGCAGCUCAUUCACAAGUACAUCGAACAGAUCAAGUCUGGCGAGGAGGACUUCGAGAGUCUGGCGUCUCAGUUCAGUGACUGCAGCUCGGCGAGGAACGGAGGAGACCUGGGUUUGUUCGGGAGAGGUCAAAUGCAGAAGCCGUUUGAAGACGCCUCGUUUGCGCUGAAGGUGGGAGAUAUGAGUGGUCCGGUGUUCACUGACUCUGGAGUUCACAUCAUCCUGAGAACCGGAUAGCUCCCUGUCCGUCACACACACACACACAUCUCACACACACACACACACAGACACACAUCACACACACUGUCCCGGGAGUCCUCGCCUCUCUGUUUCCUGAAAGCCCUCUCCUGACUCGUGGAAGCUGCACGUGAAGUCCCUGCGGUGUCUCAGAUCUCUACCCAGCAUUCCCUCGCUCCGGCUCGGCUAAACGCUAGCAUGAUCUGCUGUCUCCGGCUCGGUCGAGGACGGCAGGCGUGUGACUCAUCCACAAGAAAUGACCAAUAAAGUUUGCCAUGUCACUAAAGAACACGCUCCCGCUUCGUCUCUAAGCAUGAACCUGUCUACAGUUCACUGAAUCAGUUUCCCUUCAAAUGAAAUGAAUCGUUCAGAAUGUGUUGAAAAUAAAAGAUUCCCUUCAGCUGGA